AUGUGGCCGGCUACCUUUCCCCUUUGCUUCAUGCUUUGCGGGGUAUGGAUUUCUGCCACCCAGCCUCCAGACUUAAGCAUGACUCAAAUGGUCCAGAUGUUUCAGGAUUUUAUGAGACAGUUCAACAAAACCUACGAAAGCCAAGAAGAGACACACCGUCGCUUCAAGGUUUUCAUGCGCAACUUGGAAGUCAGCCAUGCGCUGCAGGCGUCUGAGCUGGGCACUGCCCAGUAUGGCAUCACCCGCUUCAGUGACCUGACAGAACAUGAGUUUGCAAAGAUGUAUGGCAUGUCUCUUCCCUCACCAGCGCCACCAGUGAAACAGUUAAGCUACCCCAAGCUGGGAAAUAUUGCAAAUAAAUCCAUAUCUCAAUCCUGCGACUGGAGAAAGGCAGGCGCCAUCUCAGCGGUGAAAGACCAGGGACCAGACUGCAGAUCUUGCUGGGCUUUUGCGACCGUCUCCAACAUCGAAGCCUUGUGGAACAUCCACCAGCAUGUGCCACGAAACCUUUCAGUGCAACAUAGGCAUGGGAGGAUAUAGGAGCAAGAGGUAAUAGACUGCGCCUACAAGAAGACAGGCUGCCAGGGGGGCUUUGUAUGGGACGGACUCCUGGCUGUAUUCAAAAACAGGGGGCUAUCAAGCAGUGUCCUGUACCCCUACGUGGGCAGAAACCAGCCCUGCCAGGAACACCGGAGGAAAAAAGUGACCCCAAUCUACGGCUAUGAGGUCCUCCCAAGGGAUGAAAAAU